GAGAGAGAGAGAGAGAGAGAGAGAGAGAGAGAGAGAGAGAGAGAGAGAGAGAGAGAGAGAGAGAGAGAGAGAGAGAGAGAGAGAGAGAGAGAGAGAGAGAGAGAGAGAGAGAGAGAGAGAGAGAGAGAGAGAGAGAGAGAGAGAGAGAGAGAGAGAGAGAGAGAGAGAGAGAGAGAGAGAGAGAGAGAGAGAGAGAGAGAGAGAGAGAGAGAGAGAGAGAGAGAGAGAGAGAGAGAGAGAGAGAGAGAGAGAGAGAGAGAGAGAGAGAGAGAGAGAGAGAGAGAGAGAGAGAGAGAGAGAGAGAGAGAGAGAGAGAGAGAGAGAGAGAGAGAGAGAGAGAGAGAGAGAGAGAGAGAGAGAGAGAGAGAGAGAGAGAGAGAGAGAGAGAGAGAGAGAGAGAGAGAGAGAGAGAGAGAGAGAGAGAGAGAGAGAGAGAGAGAGAGAGAGAGAGAGAGAGAGAGAGAGAGAGAGAGAGAGAGAGAGAGAGAGAGAGAGAGAGAGAGAGAGAGAGAGAGAGAGAGAGAGAGAGAGAGAGAGAGAGAGAGAGAGAGAGAGAGAGAGAGAGAGAGAGAGAGAGAGAGAGAGAGAGAGAGAGAGAGAGAGAGAGAGAGAGAGAGAGAGAGAGAGAGAGAGAGAGAGAGAGAGAGAGAGAGAGAGAGAGAGAGAGAGAGAGAGAGAGAGAGAGAGAGAGAGAGAGAGAGAGAGAGAGAGAGAGAGAGAGAGAGAGAGAGAGAGAGAGAGAGAGAGAGAGAGAGAGAGAGAGAGAGAGAGAGAGAGAGAGAGAGAGAGAGAGAGAGAGAGAGAGAGAGAGAGAGAGAGAGAGAGAGAGAGAGAGAGAGAGAGAGAGAGAGAGAGAGAGAGAGAGAGAGAGAGAGAGAGAGAGAGAGAGAGAGAGAGAGAGAGAGAGAGAGAGAGAGAGAGAGAGAGAGAGAGAGAGAGAGAGAGAGAGAGAGAGAGAGAGAGAGAGAGAGAGAGAGAGAGAGAGAGAGAGAGAGAGAGAGAGAGAGAGAGAGAGAGAGAGAGAGAGAGAGAGAGAGAGAGAAUGGAUUGAGGAGGGAUUGA